AUGAGGAAGCUGACUAGUGAGCUCAUUAGAAUCAGAAUGCACUGUGAUAACCAGGCAGCCAUUCAUAUAGCUUCAAACUCAGUGUUUCAUGAAAGGACAAAACACAUUGAAGUGGACUGUCACAAGGUGAGACAAGCUGUGGAGCAGUGUAAAUGCUUAGUAUUUUACAACGUUUCUUUUGUUCUCUCUGCUAAACAUUUUCAGAAACCAUCUUGGGAGAAAGCAGCUGAAAUAACAAGACAAAGAUAUAAUCCUGAAACUGAUGGGCGUGUUCUUCUAGGAAGCGUUGAUUGCACAGAAGAAACUACUCUAUGCAAGAGGAACCAUAUACAAGGCUACCCAUCUAUAAGGAUUUUCCGCAAAGGCAGUGAUCUUAAGGAGGACCAUGGCCACCAUGAACAUGAAUCUUACUAUGGAGAUAGAGACACAGAGAGCAUACUCAAGAUGGUGGAAGAUCUGCUCAAAUCUAUCAAAAAGGAGGACCACAAGUUAGCUUUAGAUGGUAAAACUGAUAAUGUGGCUUCAAGUAUUAAAAAGGCACCAGUUAGUGGUGGUUGUAGAAUCGUAGGCUAUGUGCGUGCCAAGAAGGUCCCUGGAGAAAUCAUUAUCUCAGCUCAUUCAGGAGCUCAUUCGUUCGAUGCUUCUCAAAUGAACAUGUCUCAUUAUGUUUCCCAUCUCUCCUUUGGUAAAAUGAUUUCAGAAAGGUUGUUGACUGAUAUGAAACGCUUAAUGCCUUAUCUUGGCCUAAGCCAUGACAGGCUUAAUAACAAAUGGUUAGUAAAUGAAGGACAGUUUGCUGCUAAUGUUACCAUCGAACAUUAUCUUCAAAUAGUCAAAACAGAGGUCGUUUCAAGAAGAUUCGGUCAAGAACACUCAGUGAUUGAGGAGUAUGAGUAUACGGCUCAUAGCAGCGUGGCUCAUGGUUACUAUUACCCUGUUGCCAAGUUUCGCUUUGAUCUCUCUCCUAUGCAGGUCUUAAUAAGUGAGAACCCAAAGUCAUUCUCACACUUCAUCACAAAUGUUUGCGCCAUCAUAGGUGGUGUUUUCACGGUUGCGGGGAUACUAGAUUCGAUAUUUCAAAACACAUUCAGACAGGUGAAGAAGAUCGAGCUUGGAAAAAACAUUUGAUCAAGAGUGAGUGAGUGGUUUAGAUGUUACUUCUUUUCAGUUUCUUGUAAGAUCUUAAAAUCAUUAAAAAAUCUCAGUUCUUACAUACCUUCUAGACUAUGUUUGUUUUGGAAUAUCAGUUUCAGAGGAUAAGGAAACAAUGUUGGCUGUA